UGUAGGAUUAACCAUUGUCAUUGGGUCUUAAAAUACACAGAUUUUAAGGUAUCAAAUCGCCAAAAUAAAAACAAAAAUAAAUGGGAAAAGAAAAAGAAAAAGAAAGAAAGCAAUAGCCAAGAACUGAGCCAAAGAACAGCCAAGCCCAUGUACGCAGCCAACGAGCACGCCGUUUCCAAGGUCCUGGCCCUCAAACUCAGGCUUCCAGAUCGCCUCGUAACCGCCUGAUUAAUCCUCCGCUCCUGCAAGAACUGCUGUCCCUGGCCUUCACCUCUUCGGUGAAUCCCAAUUGGGUUCGAGCAACCCAAUUGGGAGAACAAAAUCGGAAUCCACAAUACUCAGAGGUUGCCUGCUUCGUUCGUGUUCGUCGAUUGGGAAGGGCGAAUUUGACUGCCUCGGUUGCAGAUUGUGUGGCAAAGAUUGGAUCUUUCGGAGUUCUUCCUUUGCGUUCCUGAUUCCAAUCUGAGCUGACGCUUCCCAGUUCCCAGUUCGGAAUCUCGUUCUUGGUUUCUCCAAAGUGUUCGUCUUCGUUGGGAGUUCUUUCAGAUUAUCUGGAUCGUUAAUGCCCAAUGUUAGUUGGUACAGUCAGGACUCAGGAGUAGAAUCAUGAAGCUGAAAAAUAGAGCUGAAGAAAUCUUUAGGGACGGCGACCUGAUAUUCACAUCCGAAAGAAAUCUUGGGGCAAGAAACGUGCAAAUGGAUUAUGAUAUUGUUAGAGCAAAUCAGCCAGCUGUUGUUCAGACAAGAUGCAGAUGGAUCAUUGGAGAUGUAACUGAGGUGCUGGAUCGCAACACAUGGAAGCUCGGCAAAAUCGCAAAGAUGCUGAAGAACAACUACUUCGUCAUCAGGCUUGCUGACUGCAUUCAACUGAAGGAGUUUCACAUUUCUAGCUUGAGGGUUCCUGCAUCACCUCAUAGCAACAACCAGUAUUCUGUGGCAGAUAAGAAAUCUGAAGCUAAGCUUGCGCAGAGAGGCCAGAUUCCAUCUGAUGCUCUGCCUGGAAGAACAAACAAGAAGAGAAAAUCAACUGCAGACACAUCCUUCAAUCCAAGAAGGAGAACAUCACGGCCUGAAAAUGCAUCCAGGGCCUGUGUGCUCGAUGGCUCAACGACUCAAAAUCGCUUCCAGUUCAUCAGAGAAGAGGCCGAAUGUUCAGUGGCCAGCUGCAGCAUCAACGACCCGGACACCACCUUCACCAACGCCAAGAAGCUCCAAUCUCUCGGCUUCCCUGACGACGCCAUGUCCGCGUGCCCAUGCACCUCCGGCAUGGAGGAUGACGAUGCCGCCGCCGCCGCCGCCGACGAAGACGAUGACGACGAGCCGGCGGCCAUUGCCGUCCACGAGCUGGAGCUGGAGGCGUACCAGUCGACGAUGCGAGCGCUGUACGCGUCGGGGCCACUGACGUGGGAGCAGGAGUCGCUGCUGACGAAUCUUCGACUGUCUCUGAACAUCUCCAACGAGGAACACUUGCUGCAGCUCAGGCGUCUCCUGUCCUCGCGAUGAUUACUUUCGUUUCGUUUCGUUUUCUACUACUGAUCAGGCCUUCUCCAGCUUCAGGUUAAUUUACUCGAGAGAUUAAUCAAAAACCUCUUUGUUCGCAACGGCAAUGUUGCUGAUGCUCUUUGAAAAAUUUUUACAAACUUGUAAUCUUCUCCCAUCUCAUGUAGUUCGUGUAGAACUGUGUCACUGUGGAGAGAGUGAGAGAUAUAUACACAUAGAAGAACAUUGCGUUCUUUGUCCUUGGCUCACUGGAUUUGUACUGACUUUUCAUUUCUAGUGUUCCAUUUUGGCUCAUUCA